AUGAGCGGCUGCCGGUACAAUGGGGGGGUGGCACGACCCCGGGGCCCCCUGAGCGCCUCCGCCCGCACCCUGCACCCACCGGAGGGUGAGACCCAGCCGCUGCGACCCCACCGUCCCCCCGGCCUCGAGGUGGUGGUCUCACGGCCGGAGCAGCCCAGGGGUCCGGAUCCCGGCCCGGCGGCGGCCCCGGGGCAGGAUGCGGCCGAGGAGCGGGGGCGAGGACCCCGGAGGAACCAGAACAUUGGGUACAAGCUGGGGCACCGGCGAGCCCUCUUCGAGAAGCGGAAGCGCCUCAGCGAUUACGCCCUCAUCUUCGGGAUGUUCGGCAUCGUGGUCAUGGUCACGGAGACGGAGCUGUCCUGGGGGGUCUACACCAAGGAGUCAUCGUAUUCGUUUGCACUGAAAUGCCUUAUCAGCCUCUCGACCGUCAUCCUCCUGGGGCUCAUCGUCAUGUACCACGCCAGGGAGAUCCAGCUCUUCAUGGUGGAUAACGGCGCCGACGACUGGCGCAUCGCCAUGACCUAUGAGCGCAUCUUCUUCAUCGCCCUGGAGCUGAUCGUCUGCGCCAUCCACCCCAUCCCCGGCCAGUACCUCUUCACCUGGACGGCCCGCUUGGCCUUCACCUACGCCGCCUCGGUGGCCGACGCCGACGUGGACAUCAUCCUCUCCAUCCCCAUGUUCCUGCGGCUGUACCUGAUCGGGCGCGUCAUGCUGCUGCACAGCAAGCUCUUCACCGACGCCUCCUCCCGCAGCAUCGGCGCCCUCAACAAGAUCAACUUCAACACCCGCUUCGUCAUGAAGACCCUCAUGACCAUCUGCCCCGGCACCGUCCUCCUGGUCUUCAGCAUCUCCUCCUGGAUCAUCGCCGCCUGGACGGUCCGCGUCUGCGAGAGGUACCACGACAAGCAGGAGGUGACCAGCAACUUCUUGGGGGCGAUGUGGCUGAUCUCCAUCACCUUCCUCUCUAUCGGCUACGGGGACAUGGUGCCGCACACCUACUGUGGGAAGGGCGUGUGUCUCCUCACCGGCAUCAUGGGUGCCGGCUGCACCGCUCUGGUUGUCGCUGUCGUUGCCAGAAAGCUAGAGCUCACCAAAGCAGAGAAACACGUGCACAACUUCAUGAUGGAUACGCAGCUAACGAAGCGGGUGAAAAAUGCUGCUGCCAACGUACUCAGGGAAACGUGGCUCAUCUACAAACACACCAAGCUGGUGAAGAAGAUCGACCAUGCCAAAGUUCGGAAACACCAGCGUAAGUUCCUCCAAGCCAUCCAUCAGUUGAGGAGCGUGAAGAUGGAGCAGCGGAAGCUGAACGACCAGGCCAACACGCUGGUGGACCUGGCAAAGACCCAGAACAUCAUGUACGACAUGGUCUCGGAGCUGCAGGAGCGUAACGAGGACCUGGAGAAGCGGCUGGGCGCCCUGGAGAGCAAGAUGGAGGCGCUGGGGCUGAGCCUGCUGGCGCUGCCGGGGCUGGUCAGCCAAGCCCUGGGGCAGCAGCAGCGCGAGCUCCUGGGGAGCUGGACCCCCCGCCUCUGCUCCGCCACGGCCCCUUGCACCCCCACCCGACCCCCCAGGUCCCCUUCCACCGCCCCCCCAACCUCCUCGGACAGCGGGUGA